UACUUGUUUGUACGAUAGCGUGGUUUUUUUUUUGAAAUUACGAUAGCGUGGUUUUAGAUGACAAGAACAAACGAUAAAUUGCCACAACGAUAAUAAAAUCCAAAACAGGCUCUUGGACUGCCGAAUAAAUUUGGGACAAAUGAUAUAUUGUCUUGUCAUUUGUCACUUCUUUUGUAAUAUCCAUAUUUUUAAAAGUUUAAUGUUUUGAUCCAAAAAAAAAAGUUUAAUGCUUUCGAGUGGAAAGAACCAAAUCGCAAAACAACAAUGCAUUCUCCAACAUCCGUCGGUGUUACAAAAGAAAAAAAAGAAGAUGCAAGUGCUCGAAAAGCGAAGAUAAACUCUUGAAACAAGAGUUAAAAGUAAACAUGUCAAGUGUCAGUCGUCAGGUGACUCAUUUACCUGAUUGACGUCAGUUCGACUUCUUAAGUCCAGUGAUUAUAUGAUCAAUUCCUAUGUUUAUCUAAUCAAACAUCUCACACUGGCAUAUAUAUACCAGGGCUAAAUCUUCUGAGGUUAAUUGAGUAAUAAAUAUUUUAGUCAAUUUUAAUAUAACUUUUUUGAUAAUUUGAGUUAUAAAAAUAUGUAUACUAUUUUCUCUUUAAUUUAGAAGCAAAAGCAAAUGUUUUCUUGACUGGUUUUCACCUAUAGCAUUCCAGAGAAUUUGAUAUUCUUACUUAGACAACAUAAUUUUAAAAAAGAAUCACAUAUGGUGGUUCGUAUAUUGUCCAAAUUUGGUGGGAACCAUGUGGAAUAUAUAAGGCCAAUGAUGGGUGACGGAAUGGGUAACAAGUUUAGCCCUUAUGAUCAAUCCUUGUCGAUGGUCGAAUAGACGGGUAAUUUGGCUUUGUCGCUUAUUUAGAAGUUUAUGUUUGUCCACUUAGGGUUCGUCUCAAAAUUGAGUUAAAUUACCACACAUAGCAGGAUGACAUAUCACAAAUUUUAAUUCCCUCAUUGGUGAAUCUUAUAUCAAUUUGUAGGAGGAAUACUCCGGUAUAAGAGCUAGCAAGUCUUCAAUUUGAUAUCAAUAUAUGAAGAUGUUAUAUUGGCAAUAGUCAUGUUAUAUAGUAGGUUUUGGAAAUGGAGUUUAUAUUGGUAAUAGCCGUAUUAGUAGGUCUUGAAUAGUAACAUAAAUCAAGCGGAUAGGUAAACACACGAAAUUAAAAUAAAAGAACUCUAACAAAAGUGUCGAUCCGAUUCAUAUAUGAGAAACUUAUUGAUUGUCGUUUACUAAAUUAUUAGCAAUAUUAUUGUUUUAAGUAUGCACGAGCAUAAACAUUAGAUAGACAAAACUACAGAUUAAAACUUUCUUAAUACUUAAAUAAGGUAAAAUGACGAGUGAAAAUCCAAUGAUUGGAUACAUGAUCGUACGGAAGUUUCCUAGGCCUCCGUCUCAUUGUUUUUCUAGCCUUUAAAUGAUCCAAAUGAGUCAACAUAUUCAACCGCAUGAAUUUUAAAAUUUCAAAACUAUAUAUAACAAUAAAUUUAUUAAUCAUGCAUGAGAAGAAUAUUACUAAACAUUCAUAUAUUACGUAGCUGCAUGAAUUUAAUUUUUUAGAACUAUAUAUAACAUUAAAUUCAUUAAUCAUGUGACAAAAUAAUAGUAUUCGUAUAUUAUAUUUUGCAAAUUGAUAGAUAAUAUAUCAAGUAGAGCCAACAUUUCUGAAACUUUCCAUUACAAGUUUAUAACUAACAGUCUCAUUCUACAAUCAAACCUAUAUACUUUAAGAAAUAUUUACGUCUCUACUCUAUAAUACUUUAGUUGUUAAAGCUCAGAUAUCAGUACACACGGAUAAAACCAUAUGAUAUAAGUAAUUGUCAUUUUGACCAAAAAAAAAGUAAUUGUCAUUUAUAAUACUAUAAUAAUCUUCUAAAGUGUGAUAACGUCAAUAAUCUUAACAAAAGUACAUAUCACUUUCUUUUCACGACCAUUUCUCUAUAUAUAUACCCCCAUACCACCUAAACCAUAAGAAACAUAUAUUAUCAUCAUUUUCCCACAGCUUGAAAAAAAAAUGUCCUUCAUCACAAGCCCUCACUGCCGCCGCCUCGCGGCAACCACCACAACCGCAGGCGUAGACUGCCAUAAACAAGUCCGUUCAUGGCGGCUCCUUCGCACCAUCGUCCAACUUCUCAUCCCAUCAUGCUACUGCACACUCGUAGAUCCAAAUGAUAAUCAAGAAGACAAAUCUUAUCGCCAAAUAAAACCAAGAACCUCUUCCGCUACCACAAACUCCUCAUCUUUCACCGGAACAAUCUUUGGUUUCCGUCGUGGCAAAGUAAACUUCUGCAUCCAAGCAACAAACGACUCCAAAACCCUAAAUCCAAUAAUUGUCCUCUUAGAACUCACCGUCCCUACCGAGGUAUUAGCCCGCGAAAUGCGAGGUGGCGUGCUAAGAAUCGCUCUUGAAUCAAACGAUGAGGAUGGGUAUGAUUCACAUCAAGAUUAUUCUUCUUUUUCACUUCUUACAACACCUUUAUGGAACAUGUAUUGCAACGGUCGGAAAGUUGGGUUUGCUAUCAAACGAGAGCCUUCAAAAACCGAGCUAGACGCGUUGAAGGUACUUACUCCGGUGACUGAAGGAGCCGGAGUCGUUAACGGUGAAGAGAUCAACCGAGAGAAGAGUGAUCAUAUGAUGUACUUAAGAGCGAGUUUCAAACGAGUUUUUGGAUCCUUUGAUUCGGAAUCUUUUCAUGUCAUCGACCCAAGCGGAGUUAUCGGACAAGAACUAAGCAUCUACUUUUUCAGAUCGUCAAGAAAAUGAUCUUUGGAUCAUUGUGUUUACAGCAUGGACGUGCACUUGCAUACUAUAUUACUAUAU